GAAAAUAUCAUCGUGAUGCAAACGUUAUCAUUCGUCUAACCAAUGAAGGAUCUUCAUAUUACGUAAAUUUACCAUCAAGUGAUCAAUAUGACUUUGUUAAAAACAUGAGCAAUGAUAUUGCCACAGCUAUUAAGUGUGAUUUCUCGCGUAUUACAAUACCGACACGUUAUCAAUACAGUAAUGAAAAUAAUGAUCAAAUUUUUAUGCGCGUUAAUAUUGCCCAAGGAUCUGGUAGAGGCGCAACUAGCCUUGCCAGUGACUUAAAUGAAACAAUCACAUUCAAGGGUAAUUCAACAAUUUCCGCAA